UUAUGAUGCCCAUGUCCAUUGGCUGUAUCAAAGAUGUGGUCAUGGGAGGCAGAAAUUCCAUCUGGAUAUUCUUCAAGAAAUCCAAAUUUGAAUGUGCUGCACAAUUGUCGAGAAGUAAUAACACUUUUCUCGACUGGCGUUGUAGCUCUGUGUCCCAAUCCUUCACCCAUUCUUUAAAAAGUGUAGAGCUCAUCCAUGCUUUUCUGUUCGCACGAUACACAACUGGUAAACUGUCCAUUCUGAGUCCCUUAAAGCAGCGAGGCUUGGCAUAUUUUCCUAUAACCAGCAACUUCCUCUUGUCUGUUCCGGACAUGUUUGAGCAGCACAAGACAGUUACGCGAUCCAUUGCUUUUUUGCAGCCAAAGAGAGUAACAUGUUUGUAAAUUAAGGAGCCGUCCGGUGUAGCCCUAUAGUACAACCCGG